AUUCAACUAUUGGAGACACUGAUGAAUGGGAUAUCAAAAAGUUUCAAGAUUCAAACUGUUGUCAAAUUUAGAGGUUAUGUGUCCAAAACAAAUUUCAAUGCGAUUUUUGUAAUGAAUAUAAAUAUAUAAAUGUAUUUUCAUUCAACUCCAAAAUGAGUGAUUAUCCAAAUUCCGAUGAGGAGUUUGAACUUCAGUAUGGAGAUGAACUUGAACUGUUGAACGAAGCAGAAAGCUUCGAUGAACCUAUUGUUGAAAGAGCGGGAAACAAUAAAUCCCGAAAAAGCUUAGAUUAUGGCUUACCAGUUACAUCUAAAUCUAAUACACAAUCAGAUUUAUUCUCUUCUCAAACACAACAAAGUAACAGCGCUGAAAUCAAUUUAAACAAUUCCUUCGAUAACGAUUUUCAUCCUAUAACCGAUAAAAAUGCUGAGAUCACUAGAGAUGUUCCAGAAAGUGCUGCUUCCCAAAGCCAAGCUUUAUCAACAUCUCUCGAUGUUACUACUGAGCCACUUACAAAAAAACGUACGAUUGAAGAAUUAUUUGGUGACAUAGAUGAUCUCCUGUUUGAAAAUGAACGUAAAGCUAAGAAAAUCAAACCUGAUACCAAAUUAGAACAACAAAUGGAAAUGAUCGAUAAAAUUCUUGAACUCAGAAAGCAGAGAGAGGAAAGUGAUAAUAUACUUUUCCGCAAAAAUAUUAGAAUCUCAUCAGUUGAUAGGGAUAAAUUAAAUUUAUCAUGGCGUGUACCUACAUAUCCUUUCAUCAAAGUAACCAGACCUGAUAAAGAAACAUUUUUUAUAAGAUGCCAUUCAGAUGAUUAUGAAAAAGAAGAUGUGACCAGAGUAAUAAAUGAUAUAAAUUUAGUAGGUGUAAUGGGAGACAUGUUUAAAGAAACCUGGGAAAAAGCACAACAAAUUCUGAAUAGAGAUAUGGAUGAUAACAAAAAAAAUGAAGAUGUUCCAAUGGAUAUAGAGGAAGAAAUUGAAGAAAAUAAUAAUCUUUGGGUUGAUUUGUAUAAACCCAGAAGAUAUUUGGAGCUCCUUAGUGAUGAAGCAACAAACAGAGUUUUAUUGAAGUGGUUAAAGCUCUGGGAUAAUGUUGUUUUCAAUCGCAAACCUAAAGUAAGACCUGAAACUCUUGAUAUUGUCAAUAAAGGACGUUCCAAAUUUAAUUUUUUCAAUAUUAUAGACAAUCAAUUGAAAUUAGAUGAAGAUGGUAGACCUCUGUAUAAGGUGGCACUGCUUUGUGGAAGACCAGGUCUAGGAAAAACAACAUUAGCUCAUGUGGUUGCCAAACAUGCUGGCUACAAUGUUGUAGAGAUAAAUGCAUCAGAUGACCGGAGCUUAGAAAGUUUCAAGACUUCUUUGGAGAAUUCAACACAAAUGAGAUCAGUAAUAGGUGAAGAAAAACGUCCUAACUGUGUAAUCUUCGAUGAAAUUGAUGGAGCCCCUGUAAAUUCUGUUGAAUUUUUAGUCAAGUUUGUCAGUGGAACUGUGGCAAAAAAGAAGAAGAAGGAGAAGGGUAAUUCCAUAUUGAAAAGACCAAUCAUUUGCAUUUGUAAUGAUGCUUAUGUCCCAGCUUUGAGAAGUUUGAGACAAAUUGCUUUCAUUAUAAACUUUCCCCCUACUUCUUCAGGAAGAUUAUCAGAGAGACUUAUGGAAAUAUGUAAAAAACAACUGUUACAAACUGAUGCUGGUUCAAUGCUUGCCUUGGCAGAAAAAUCUAACAAUGAUAUCAGAUCCUGUUUGAGUAUCCUUCAUUUUUUCAAGACAAAAAGGAAAACCAUAACUCUAGCUGACAUUUAUCAAUCCAGUGUUGGCCAAAAGGACAUGCAAAAAGGUCUUUUCUCUGUAUGGUCAGACAUAUUCAGCAUAGAGAGGGCUAAAAUGAAAUUUUCUGGUAUUCAAAAUGAUAAAGAAAAUAAUUCUAAGAACUAUGAUAUGAGUUUCAGAGCUCGAAUGCAGAAAGUUCUAGAUGUGGUUCAGUCCUUUGGGGAUUAUGAGAGGUUGGCCCAAGGUGUGUUCGAGAAUUUCCCCCAUAUGCAAAUUAAAGAAGCGUCUUUUGUUGGAAUUUGUCAUGCUCUGAAUUGGUUCUGUUAUACUGAUAAAAUCAAUCGAUUCAUAAUGAGCCAACAAAACUUCAGUUUAAGCUCCUAUCUACCAUAUGCUUUUGUCGUGUGGCACUUCCAGUUUUCAUCCUUAGUUUGGCCAAAACUUAAAUAUCCAAAUGAAGGGUUUGAAGUGAGGCAAAAACGAAUCAAUAACCUGGGAACUGUAAAAGAAGUAAUUAAAGGUGUACAACCUACAGUAAGAGUUUUUGUUAAUGCCAAAAAUAUGAUACUAGAUACUCUUCCACUAUUAACUAGGAUAAUAAAUCCAUUUUUUCGCCCUGUGAACUUUCAUUUAUUCACUAAUGAAGAAAAAGGUAUGUUUCUUAAGGUGGUCAAUAUAAUGAUAGAUUACAACCUGAAUUAUAUACAAGAGAAGAAUGCAGCUGGAAUCUACGAGUUCAAGUUAGAUCCAGAUAUUAUGCCAAUAGUCAUGUUUCCAAAUGUGUCUGAGAGUAGGAAUGUUUUAUCCUAUUUUAACAAACAAUUAUUGUCUAGAGAAGUAGAAAUGGAAAAAAUUCGGAAAAUUCAAAAGUCUACAAAUGCAGGUACUCCCACUACUAAAACUAGUACAAAAAAAGAUAGGCCUGUUAAGGAAUCUCCAGAAGACCAGAAGCUUCCAAAUCAUUUGCAGAGGUUGAAAAUUAAAUCCUUGAAAAAAAUUGAACCAGCUGUUACCAAAGACUUUUUUGGUAGAAUUAUCAAAACUACAACAGAAAGUAAUAAAGGACCACAACUGCAGGGAGAUAUUUGGUAUAAGUAUAAGGAAGGUUAUAGUAAUGCAGUGAGGAAGAAAAUUAAAAUGUCAAGUCUUAUGUAAAUAUAUUAAUAAUUUCAAGAAUAUUUAUUAUUGCAUUAAUUUGUUUUGUUUAGUCAAUAAAUUAUUUUUUCAA